AUGACAAAGUCAUUCGUUCUUGUUGCACUUCUCUGCAUCUGCUUCCUUCUCCAUUCUCCAACUGUACUGUUAAAUGGAAAUGCGACUAAUUUUGAACGCUCGUUUGAAACCAGCGGAAGCAAAGAUAUGUCAAAGGUACAGUCAAACGUGGUCGGGAAGGUGCACGAAGACGAGCCACUGCGACCGCCAAUGUAUCAAGUGGGAAGACGCUCGCCAUGGAGCAUGCCAUCAGGACAAACGUGGCCGCGCUUGUUUCUGUUAUUUCAACUGCAAGAAUUAAGCGUUUUGGGAGUUUAA